AUGCAACGAACACCCUCCCCACUGGCCCUCACGCCCGCCCUCCCCUCCGAACUCCUCUCCUACAUCCUCACGCACAACUCCCACCCAACAACCCUCAUAAUCUGCCAACCACGCGCCUCCUUCCUCCUCUCCCUGCAAAGAUGCAUCCCAAACACCGUGCAGCGCCAACCACCCCCCCCUCCGCCUCAACAGCAGGCGCCGCAGCAGCAGCAGCGCUCGUCCUCCAUCCCGCCUGACACGGAACCUCCUGACGCGAAACGAGAUGGUACCGUGGAUGAGAGAGAUGUAGACCGAGACGGAGGGGAGAAGCAGAGACAUCCGCUGCUAGUAGCGACAUUGCACCAGAUCGCGACGUCGAGAUCCAUCAAACUGGUUUUCGUAGCUACUGUCUCACACCUGCGUGCCUAUCUGUCUGUCUUCCCUCCGCCUGCGCUGGAAGCAGAAGCAGAGCCUCUGAGUCGACCGCGUUUCGAGUCGCAGGGCAAUGGGGCGCCGUUGCUGGUUGUGUAUGGACUGGUGUCUUUGCAUCGGGAUACGAGUGAGUGGAGUGCUCAGGGAUUGGGAAAUAGCGUUGCCGGGCUGGUGGAAGCUGGUAGAAGGGCUGGUAGGAGGAUUGUGGUUGUGGAAGAGAGGCAAGGAGAUGAGGAUGAGGUUGGGAAUGGGGAGGAGAGGAUGCCGAUGUUGAACGGAAGUUUGAGGCGGGCUGGGCUGGAGAAUGAGGAUGGGGGUUGGAGUGGAAGGACUGUAGAGGUUGGGAGGGUGCUUGGGAGAUGGUUCAGAUUCAAGAGAGGGGAGUGGGGCGUUUGUUUCUGA